AUGUCGAAUCCGAGCGAAACGCGGCGUCGUUUCGCCCCGAUACCAAUAGAGACUACUUUCCAAUCAGUGAGAAAGGGUCCCCGCGCAAUUGAACCGUAUGGAGGCCCCAGCCCAGAGCUCACCCCCGAGCCAUCCCCUCGGCAGCUCUCUCCUGUGGAAACAGUCAAGGAUGCUCUGCCACGACGACGCUUUGCACCACAAUUAAUUGAAUCUUCGCGGCGAACCUUCAGACUAGGAGAUUCGGGCCCCGCCACAAAACCCACCGAUAAGACCGACAUUACCCCAUACACCAACCACAUAUAUCUCAGCAGAACCAAGUCGCGGCGGCGGCGAGACGAAGAGGUCACCGAGGAAGAGUUGGAGCAGCGUAUACCGCCUACGAGGCGUGAGACGGAGGAAGAUGGAGUCAAGGAAUAUCUGCUUGAGCUGGCGGCCAAGGAGGCUGACCGGCAGAUGCAGGAGGAUGCGCUGGCGGCGUUCCCCAACAGUCGAGCUCGAGAAGGUGGAGUGGCACAUUUCUACUUUCGCGAGGGUUCAGUCAGCGACUCAUCUGGACAGGUCUCACCUGGUGAUGAACAAAUAUCGGAGCCGCAGACCCGGCAUCGAAGGAAGUCAUCGCACCUGGGGCUGAACUGGUGGCACAAGCACAUGCAAGACCAUGCUGAGAAGCUGGCCCAUCUACGACGAGGGGACGAGGACAACGAAGAGGCCGUGGUGGACGAUGAAGAAGACGACCGGAACAAGCAGCGAGAUAUGGACCGAGAUCUUAUACGAUCGGAUUCAGAUCUUGACAGGAUGGAGCUGCCGGGACCGCCCGAUCCCAUGUGGACCACGGACACACGGAUACCACCUGACGUCUACCGACGAGACACUGACGCCGAGGAGGCUGAAGCGUUGGCGUUGGCAGCUCGUCUGGCACGAGCUAGUGUGCAAAAUGUAUUUCCUGGAGCAGGGCCCCCACCACAGGGCCGGGAUGCAGCCCAACUUCUUUCUUCUGCUGCCACCCAACAACAGCAGCAGCAGCAACAGCAAUCACAACCACCACAAACAACCACCACACAACAACAGCCACACGACCAACAAGCACAGCGACAAAACAACCAAGGACCCUUUGGACGCCCGUUUGCAGCACUCGGACUCAAGCCCGAUGAAGCGCAGCUGCGGCGCCUCCGCCAGUUUGUGUCGCCUCCGAUGCUCGGCUCAGAGCUCAAGUUUCGAAAAUGCCCGUCGCCCAAGCAGACCAAGCUGGAAACCGACCAUCCCUUCAACAAGAGGCGGCAUGAUGAGGGCUGCGCGCACGAGGAGCGUGACCGGGACAUGUCGGGCAAAGGCGGCCUGUGGAGGGGUUACUGCUGCAGGUCGGAAUCGACCGGCGGAUACCUCGUGCCCGCCGACUUGCAGCCGACCAAAAUGCUCGCGACGCCGUUUCCCCCUGCCACGCCGCUAGCCUACGAAGUCGACUCGCCCGUUGCCAGCAGCGAAGAGCCGCCGUCCAUUCUCUCGACGUCUGCGUCGUCCGACUCGGUCGGCAGCCUCGAUGUCUACUACCACCAUGGCAGCGACGACGAUGAAGAUGACGGCGGGAUCGUCCCACGUCGGCCCGGCGCCACAAUCACUGUAACCGAACAUGGGACAAAUGCUGCUGCGACCACCAAAAGGAGCCACCGCAGCGGCAACAACAGUAACCGGCUUCACGUGCUGCACGGGCUCGACAAGCGCCUCGAGCAGGAAAAGGCCCGCGCCGACCUCGACGAAAAGAUUGCUGCCGACUUUGACGACGCCUUUGUCACACAGGUCUACAACUACCUGUCGCUGGGGUACCCGGCCAUGGCGCGCUCGUUUGAUGACGAGCUGUCCAAGAUUACACGGGUCAGCGUCGAGGAGCUGCGCAGUAAAGAUGAGGCGGCGGCGGGAAUCAAGGGCCACAUGCUCGAGAUGACGCUCGACGACAAUGUGGCAGAUGAAGACCGCUGUCCCAGAUGGCGUGCUCUACGAACCUACAUCUACGAAUGGGCGAGACAGCAUCCUGAUCUCGAUAAUCUCGAUCCGCUGGCCUGGGGCGUCCGUGAGAGACGCGGCAGCUGGGCCAUUUAG